AUGGAUAUUCCAAAGCCUGGUGAGGGCGAUGUUGACAUCGGAACUGGCGCAUUUCAGGCUUGCUGGGUCCUCACAGCCAUUGUCGGCGUGGCAUUGUUGUUCCGCUAUGCCAUCAAGGUCUGGGUGCGCUGGGCUUUGCCUCAAGUCACUGCACCCGGCCGAAUCUGGGGUAUAGAGGACUUGUUCUUCCUCGUGGCUUGGGGUUUUGAUGUUACCCAUAUGAUAUUUAUUCAAAUGAGUGCCAACUGGGGUCUCGGGAGGCAUUUCUUUUACUUGACUGGUGAAGAACGUCUUUAUGCUAUGAAAUGGGAUUUCCUUUCCCAGCCUCUGGCUGUCACUUCUGCCAUGGUCUCACGCGCAGGCAUGAUGUGGUUUCUUUUGACUUGCUUUGCGGCGAGCGACAAGAAGAUUCGCCAAUCUAUCAUUGCUUGUGCUGUUGUUCAGGUUGUCGUCAAUAUGGUUACAAUCGUCCAGAUUAUUGUCCAGUGCGGCCCGAAUCAGUAUCAGACGACUGAUCGAGUACAAUACUUCCACUAUAUGUGGACACCACUCCCUGAAGAUGGUUCCGUCAAGUGCCAAUCACCGACUGUCCAGACGACUAUCGGCUUCGUGCAAGGAGGAUUCAACACUGUCAUCGAUUUCUUCCUUGCCGUGCUCGCUGCCGUCGAACUGUGGCAAUUCUUCUUGCGAACGCUCCAUCGUAACCCAAACACCUCAUUCUGGUCCCAAUUCUGCAAAAUUAGUGGCACCGUCCGAUCCCGCCGGAUCUGGCAGACGAUCACUCUCAGCGGACCACUCCUUCUCUCCGGCUGUGCUUCUAUUGUAAAGACCUAUAAACUCAAAUCCCUCGGUGACAGACAGGAUUUCACCUAUAACAUCGUGACCUUCGUUCUCUGGGUAAAAAUCGAAAACUACAGCAUCCUUCUCGCCUCGUGUGCCCCAGUAGCCCGCCUCUUCCUCCGCUCCUUCGUCGACCAGAGACGCGAAGGUCGGUCUCAUGGCUACUGGUCUCGCUCCCGCUCGACAGGACACAACGAGCCUGACACAGAGCUGAAACGCCGCGCCAAUGUCCAGGACCAGUGGCUGGAUUCCGCUACGGUGACUAAUAUGACCAAUACCUGUAUUCACGAUGAGGAGAAUCCGGCGACUAGGUGGAGUGGACAUGGGCAUGAGCGCUCGAUGAGUCAGGUAUCCAGAGCGGAGAUGCCGGAGCAUCUUGAUGAUGGAUGUGUUACUGUUAAGACCGAUAUUGUUGUUCAGGUUGAUGAUGGGAGGUCAAUUUCUUCAGGUGGGACUAGAUUGUUACCUGAUGGUGGUGAGUCUCAUUCUACGGGGUUUCAUUGA